CUCCGGAGCGCGGGGAUGAGUCACCGGGGAGUUGAGGCGGCGUGGCGAAGUCCGCCCGGCGGCCCGGGGUGGCCGCGGACGGCGGCGCGGCCUGCCCGGCCCUGCCCGGGUCCUCGCGGAGCCGCCCGCGCCGCCUUCCCUGCUGUCCGCCCUGGUUUGAGACCCUGCGUCCCGGGGAGUCUGGUGUCAGCCGUUCGCGAAUGGGUGUUGCUGUGCCUGCUGCUUUGCCAUCCCAUCGCCAUCUCCAUUGUCUUUCUGCUGUGGCGGUGUAGCCAGCAGCCAUGCAUCCGCUUUCCCACGCUGCCGCGGGCGGCCGCGGCGCGGGACCCGGCCCUGGCCCUCCGCUGCGCCCGGCCUGCCCUCGCCGGAGACAGGGGUGCUACCUCCAUUGUGUACAGAUGCAAACAGAAGGGGACCCAGAAGCCUUAUGCUCUCAAAGUGUUAAAGAAAACAGUGGACAAGAAGAUCGUGCGGACUGAGAUAGGAGUCCUUCUGCGCCUCUCCCACCCCAACAUCAUAAAACUCAAGGAGAUAUUUGAAACCCCGACGGAGAUCAGCCUGGUCCUGGAGCUCGUCACGGGAGGGGAGCUGUUUGACAGGAUCGUGGAGAAGGGGUACUACAGCGAGCGCGACGCCGCCGACGCCGUGAAGCAGAUCCUGGAGGCCGUGGCUUAUCUGCAUGAAAACGGGAUUGUGCAUCGCGACCUCAAACCAGAGAACCUGCUCUACGCCACGCCAGCCCCAGACGCACCACUCAAAAUUGCUGAUUUCGGACUCUCCAAAAUCGUGGACCACCAGGUGCUCAUGAAGACCGUGUGCGGCACCCCUGGGUACUGCGCUCCCGAAAUCCUCCGCGGCUGCGCCUAUGGACCCGAGGUGGACAUGUGGUCGGUGGGCAUCAUCACCUACAUCCUGCUUUGUGGGUUUGAACCGUUCUAUGACGAAAGAGGCGACCAGUUCAUGUUCAGGAGGGUGCUGAACUGCGAGUACUACUUCAUCUCCCCGUGGUGGGACGAGGUCUCCCUGAACGCCAAGGACCUGGUCAGGAAGCUGAUUGUCUUGGACCCGAAGAAGCGGCUGACCACCUUCCAGGCUCUGCAGCACCCGUGGGUCACAGGGAAGGCGGCCAACUUCGUGCACAUGGACACUGCGCAGAAGAAGCUCCAAGAGUUCAAUGCCCGGCGCAAGCUGAAGGCGGCAGUGAAGGCCGUCGUGGCCUCGUCCCGGCUGGGCAGUGCCAGCGGCAGCCAUGCCAGCAGCCAGGAGAGCCACAAGGCCGGCCAGGAGCCCCCACCUGCCCAGGAAGGCAGUGAGGCCGUCGCCGCCCCUGCAGACGUCGAGGAAACCCAGGGAGCCGAGGCCCAGCUGGCGGCGGAGGGAGCCCAGGCGGAGCAGAUGAAGGUGCAGGCCCCCGAGGAGGCAGGAGACGCUGAGGCGGCCCUGGAGCAGGGCACGCAGGCGGCCGCCCCCGCGACGGAGCAGGCUCCUGGGGAGAAGCUGAAGGCUGUGGACGAGCCCGCGGCCCCCAAGGACGAGCCGGAGAGCCCCGUGGCGGGACUGGGAGCCCCGCAGCAGGGGGUGGCGCUGCCGGAGUUCUAGGUGGCUCCUGCCUCCGGGAAGCCACCGCCCGCCCCUCCCCGGCCUUGGACGCACUUUGUCCUCCAGCAAGGCAGGUGUGGACGCAUGCUACGCACUGUAGUGAUUGUUUCUGAGGUGCAAAUACAUGUAUACCAGUUGAUCAUCCUAA